UUUCACUUCUCUCUCAUAAAUCUCUACAAACGAAACCAUACAGUCUCUGUGUUUUCUCUCUACAAGGUUUUGGCUUUAUUUUCUGUUUUAAAAGAAGCUAAUAAUCGAGUUUUCAUUUUGAUCUACCAAACAAUGGCCGCAAAAAGCACCGUUACUUUCAUGCUUUUAGCUCUAUUUGCCUCUGCUGCUCUCGGUCAGGCUCCCGGAGCUGCACCGACGGUUUCUCCGCCGUCUAAAUCACCGUCAGCUGCACCUGCUCCUAAAACUGCAACUCCAGCACCUGCUCCAACUCAAGCGCCACCUGUCUCCGUUCCUUCUCCUGCUCCUCCAACUGCUGCUACACCUACCCCCGCUGGAGCGCCGACCAUGACUCCAACCAGCUCUCCACCAGCUCCUGUGGCUCCAAGCUCUGUUCCUUCCGUGGCUCUUCCUCCAGGUACGACGGUAGGACCUCCUGCUGAGACUCCAGCUGAGAAUUCUCCAAAUAAUGGAGCUGGUUUUAACAGAAACGGUGCCGUCUUGUCGGUUGCCGGAGCCGCUUUCGUGUGGUCUUUGUUGAUGUAGAUCUGAUGUUGAUCUUGAGGUUCAGCUGCUGAUUUAGGACUCUUCUUCAUUUAGUAGGAUUUGAUCAGUUUCAUUAUUAUUAUUAUUAUUAUUUAUUUUUAUGCAUAUGGACGGUGGUGAUGAUGACUUCUCGACUUUUCGGUUGUUUUUUUGACGGUUGAGAUUUGAUUUAUUAGUCUUGUUAUUUAUUGUUAAUUAUUAUCGCUGAUUAUCAUGGAUUAUUUAAUUUA